AUGUCAAAAUUGAGUGAGGAUGUUUUGUUGAUGGUGAAGCAUGUACGUCACAAAAAAGUCGAUGGCACUUUGUAUGUCAAUUCAGGCCGAGUGGCCUGGCGCAAUCAAACGUCUGAUUCAUUUCGAAUAAGUGCAGCUUUUGAGGACAUUCGCCUUCAACGCGUGAGCUUGGAUAAUAAGGAUAAGGUCCAACUUCAGCUAUUGAUGCACAAUGGAGAGUCAUUUACUUUCCAUUUUGCUGACACAGCUGGUCGCGAAAAGCAAUUGGAAAUGCGGAAUAAGGUGAAAGAGAUGCUGCAGCUUAUGCUGCCGAAGAAAUCUGUGCGAAAGCAAAAGUUCUAUAUAUUGAACGAAAAAUAUCGCCUUUUGGAAUCAAAUCCUCAUCUAUUAGCACUAUACAAAGAACUAGUUGUUACUGGAACUAAUCAUACGGCGUCGGAUCGUGCUCAAAUUUCCGGAGUACCCAGUUGUCUUCUGAGUGACAUUAAACCUGAAAUGGAUGGGACAAACAGCAUCAAAUAUAACCUAACCCAGGAGACGAUUGACGCAAUAUUCCGCGCCUACCCUGCGGUUCGUCAACGUCAUAGGGAAUUAGUUCCUGAUAAGCUUUCUGAGGCCGACUUUUGGAUCAAGUUUUUUCAGUCGCACUACUAUCACCGGUGCGUUGACCGAGCAAUUAUUAAUAAGGACGAUGUGUUCAGUGAAUGCGACAGCCUGGAUGACCGAAUUCUGCGACAAGAGUUGAUAAGAUCCCGAAAAUUGCGCUCAUCUGCCCAUCUAGACCUUGGGGAACUUGAGGACCAUUCGGUUGGGCAAGGCUACGGUGUUGAACUCCAGCCUCCUCCAACUGAUUCAACAAUUAAUUCGAAGCAAAAAGCUUCCACAAAUCAAAUCUUGCUUCGUCGUUUCAACAAGCAUUCAAUCAUGAUAAUGCGAUCCCUUGCGAGAUUCUCUGGAGCUACACCUUCUACCACUACUACGGCAGAUUCCAGUUACAAAGAUCUUGUGUUAUCUGGUAGCCUUAAACGACGGCUUUACCAAUCCGAACUAUGCGAAGAGGCGCCAGGUCCCAGAGCAGACUUAGAACUCACCAGUACUAAGGACUACCUUGAAGGUCCCACCAUGUUGACCCAAUCAACAGCGUCACCCUUAACACAAAGUCAGGCUCGUCAGGCUCUGGCAGCUUGCCGUGCUUCGCUUUCGAUGCCUAAUCGUGGUGGUCGUUUACUUUUUAAUAACAAUGGUGUUCACAAGGCCAUAGCGGAUGUCUCUGCCGGCGGUUGUCUUAUGGCAGGGGGAAAAUCGGCGACUGGUGAGAAAAGUGGAGCACCAUCUUCCGUUCUUCUUUUACUUUCCUCGGAACAAUCAAAAGAACUGAGUAUUCUCUAUUCAGCUGCAGGAGAAUUACUGCGUCACUUUUGGUCAUGUUUUCCCGUUACGAGUGUCGCGCUAGCCGAAAAAGUAGUACGAAUACAUGAGAGUUUGGGACGCUUUGAGACAACAAAGUUGACUCCUUUCGUGGGAUCGGUGGAGUCUACGCUCUCAAACGCUGGCAUUAGAGGAGGAGUCGCAAACAAUCCGAAUGGUGCUUAUCGAUGUCGUGUCACCGCGCAUUUGGAAUCAAUGCUCAACGCUGCCAAGUCUAAAUUUAGCGAAUGGCAAGCAUGUCGACCGCUGUAA